AUGAAUUGGCUCGGCCUCCUCGUCCUGCUCACCAUGGCCGGGCUGUCGCAUGGGACAUGGGACAACUGCGGAGGAAUCUGCGGACUCCGACCUCCGCAAUCUGUAAACAGCCCCAUGGCUUAUUCCUACGGCAAUGUGGCUUAUGACUAUGGCAUGACACGUGUCGUGGGUGGUGCCGGUGCCGCAGAAGCAGCUUGGCCCUGGAUCGUCAGCAUCCAGCAUCCAUGGAUACCAGGCCUGGGGCAUCUGUGUGGAGGUUCUCUCAUCAGUCCAGAUUGGGUCCUCACAGCAGCCCACUGCUUUGAUGAUAUGAGUAAUGCCAGCUUGGUCUACGUGGUGAUUGGGGCCACCCGGUUCACUCAGCCGGGCCCUGGGGCUGCAGUGCGCAAUGUGAAGCAGGUGGUGGUACACCAGGACUACAACCCUAAUGACUUUAGCUUCGACAUUGCCCUGAUGCAAUUGGACCACCCUGUCCAGUGCAAUUCCUACAUCCAGCUGGCCUGUGUGGCUGAACCCACCCUAAGAGUCUCAGAGCUCAUCAACUGCUGGAUUGCUGGCUGGGGUUCCACUGUUGCAAGAUCGGAAGGUACUACACCUGAUCUCCUCCAGGAAGCCAAGGUCCAGCUCAUCGAUCUCCAGCUCUGCAACAGCAGUGACUGGUACGGAGGGAAACUCUACACCCACCAACUGUGUGCUGGUUACCCACAGGGUGGCAUCGACACCUGCCAGGGUGACAGUGGUGGUCCUCUCAUGUGCCAGGACAACAACGCUGACCACUGGUGGGUUGUCGGAAUCACCAGCUGGGGAUAUGGCUGUGCCAGAGCAAUGCAGCCUGGAGUCUACAGCUCCACUAAGUACUUCUUUGACUGGAUUGAUUACAAUAUGCGUGUAAAUGCAAUGAAAAGUGCUCCUUGA